AUGAUGUUCGGACGAAACGUCAACGACAAGCUUCCAUCACUACAGCCGUCGGCGCCCAUAAAGAUCAACCGUAUGUCAUACCGACAGCACGACACCAACAACAUUAAGCAAAAGGGAAAGUGCUACCACGAUAUUAAGAAGAAAAUGCAGCCCAGCUCAAUUAAAGUCGGCGAUCACGUCCUUAUCCGUUCGGAAAAGAAAGGCAAAGUAGCACUACCGUGGCGUGCGAAUACGUUUCGUGUCACCGCCGUCAAGGGUGACUCCAUCCUAAUCGAAGAUGGAAAUCACCGCCUCAUGCGCCACUCUACGGCUGUUAAGAAAAUGCCAAUAACAGUUACAACUGCCCCAGAUGUUCCAACAACACCUCCAGAAACAAUUGUUGCUCAACGACCUCGUCGCUCUAUAAAACGACAACCAAACUAUUACGGUUAUAGUUCUACCGCAUGA